UUGAGCCGGCUUCUGAUCAAAUAACCGAGCUGUGUUGUGCGAGAGUCACGUGUUUAGUGUUUAAGUAAUUUAUUGCAAUUUUAUAAUCCAAAAUGAGGGAAAUCGUGCAUCUGCAAGCCGGCCAGUGCGGGAACCAGAUCGGAGCUAAAUUCUGGGAAAUCAUCUCCGACGAGCACGGCAUCGACCCCACCGGCGCCUACCAUGGCGACUCAGACUUGCAGCUGGAGCGUAUCAACGUGUACUACAACGAAGCUUCCGGUGGCAAGUAUGUGCCCCGCGCCAUCCUGGUCGACUUGGAGCCCGGCACCAUGGACUCCGUCCGUUCGGGCCCCUUCGGACAGAUCUUUCGCCCCGACAACUUCGUGUUUGGGCAGUCGGGCGCCGGCAACAACUGGGCCAAGGGCCACUACACAGAGGGCGCUGAGCUCGUCGACUCGGUCUUAGACGUCGUGCGCAAAGAGGCAGAGUCCUGCGACUGUCUGCAAGGCUUCCAGCUCACACACUCGCUCGGCGGCGGCACCGGCUCCGGCAUGGGCACGCUCCUCAUCUCCAAAAUCAGAGAAGAAUACCCCGACCGAAUCAUGAACACAUACUCCGUAGUCCCCUCGCCCAAAGUAUCAGACACAGUAGUAGAACCCUACAACGCAACUCUCUCAGUACACCAGCUAGUAGAAAACACAGACGAAACCUAUUGUAUCGACAACGAGGCUCUAUACGACAUCUGCUUCAGAACACUCAAACUGUCCACACCCACCUACGGAGAUCUUAAUCACUUAGUUUCCCUCACAAUGUCCGGAGUCACAACUUGCCUCAGGUUCCCCGGUCAACUCAACGCAGAUCUUCGAAAAUUAGCUGUUAACAUGGUACCCUUCCCACGUCUCCACUUCUUCAUGCCCGGAUUCGCCCCACUGACGUCCCGUGGCAGCAGACAGUACCGCGCCCUCACCGUACCCGAGCUCACUCAGCAGAUGUUCGACGCCAAGAACAUGAUGGCGGCCUGCGACCCCCGCCACGGCCGCUACCUCACCGUGGCCGCCAUCUUCCGCGGCCGCAUGUCCAUGAAAGAAGUCGACGAGCAGAUGCUCAACAUCCAGAACAAGAACUCGUCCUACUUCGUGGAAUGGAUCCCCAACAACGUGAAGACGGCCGUGUGCGACAUCCCACCCCGCGGUCUAAAGAUGGCAGCUACCUUCAUUGGCAACUCAACCGCCAUCCAGGAGCUGUUCAAGCGCAUCUCGGAGCAGUUCACCGCCAUGUUCAGGCGCAAGGCUUUCUUGCAUUGGUACACCGGCGAGGGCAUGGACGAGAUGGAGUUCACAGAGGCCGAGAGCAACAUGAACGACCUGGUGUCCGAGUACCAACAGUACCAGGAGGCCACCGCCGAUGAGGACGCUGAAUUCGACGAGGAGCACGAACAAGAAGUAGAAGAUCAUUAAGCGUCAAGUCCUAGGGCGGCAGAGUAUGUAGAUACUCUGCCUUUAUUGACUCGCGUUAUCCUAUAACUACUGUUAUGAAUAUUAGCUUGCUUAUUUUUAACAGAAUGCACGACUAAACAAUUACCGGAUAAGAAACGUGAAAACGUUUUAAUCGAAAAAAUCCGUGUGAGUCCAGCAAGCCUCAUUAAGAGUAAGAUCUGAAAUGUUAAAGUCUGAUCAUAAUAUAAUACAUAUUAAUUAUGAAUUAUGUAUUGAAUUAUAAGUUUGGCCGAACCGAACGUUAUGUCGGCUUCAAUAACAGAACUUUUAUUGAUAUUAAAAUUGUUUUGAGCGAUAUAAUUUAAUGUAUAUAA